AUGCCGCAAGACGUUUCCGGGGACACGCUUGAAGAGAACUUCGAGCUGGACGGAGACUUUGCAGGAGGGUCGGAGGAGGACGAAGGGGUUGAGAAGGCCGUGGGGGAGCCAGGUAAGAGCGCGAAGAGGAAGAAGAGCUUGCAGAACCUCAGAGAGAAGAAAAGAAUCAAGGGCAAUGCAAUCACAAGAGAAGAGAGCGCGAGCAUCGCCCACCAGUCAGCGUCACAGCAAGCAGCUUUCUUCUGCAGUCUCCUCAAGAACUCAGACUUUGGAGCCAAACUCUCUUCAAUCGAAGUGAACGACUGCUUCAAAGACAACAACUUCCUCGCUCUCCCGGUCAAGCAGCGCAACGUGGAGGGAGCGGUAGAUCACAUGCAGAGAACUCACCCGGAGAGCCUCGAAGGGAGGAGGGAGGAAGUCAGCUGCGCAUCCCCCGCCAUGGCCAUCGUCGUUCCCUCCUCCGACCGCGGCUCGCUCGUCCUCUCGGCUCUCAAGGGUGCGGUGGUGGAGGAGAAGGUGGUCAAAGCCUUCAGCAGCCACCCCAAAGUCAAGAAGCUGCUCGCCAAGUUCCUGAUCAGUGACAAGGCGCUCGGAUGUUCCGUGAUCGUGACAACGACGAGCAGACUGCUCAAACUCAUCAAGAAUGGUGAGAUCUCUGCUGAGAGAAUGAAAAUUGUUGUCAUCGACACGUUUCAAGACAGCAAGUUCCGAUCAUGCGCGAGGACUUGA